AUGGAAAACCAAAACAUAACACCUUGGAAUGUAGAGGUGAUGUCAACCGGAGAGUCUCCCGUAGGCAUCGACUAUGGAAAAGUCAUUAAUCAGUUCGGAUGUGAGGAGCUUAGUAACGCUCUUGUGGAUCGCUUGGAAGCACUCACAGGCAAACCUGCACACUAUUUCUUUCGGAGAGGCAUUGUUUUUGCUCAUAGAGACUUUGGAUUGCUUCUCAAACAGGUAGCUGAUGGUAAGCCAUUCUAUCUAUACACUGGACGAGGUCCCAGCUCGAAAGCAAUGCACAUUGGACAUGCAAUUCCACUGCUUCUGUGCAAGUAUCUACAGGACACAUUCAGAAUAAAGCUUGUGAUACAAAUGACAGAUGAUGAAAAGUUCCUGUGGAAAGGGAUGAAGAUGGAAGAUGCCAUUUAUUAUGCAAGAGAGAAUAUCAAGGACAUCAUAGCGUUUGGGUUUGAUCCUGACCUUACAUACAUUUUCACAAACAUUGAGUCCUCGCACCACUUUGAACAGAAUGUGCUCAAAAUCUCAAGAUCAAUCAACCUAAAUGAGGCAUUCAAGGUUUUUGGGUUUGAUAUGAGUAGCAGUAUAGGGCAGAUUGGAUUCCCUCCAAAAGAGAUUGCGCCAUGCUUUGCUAGCUCUUUUAAGUUUAUAGAAAAUAAUAGUAUGUGUUUGAUUCCUGCUGCUGUUGACCAGGACCCUUAUUUCAGGCUUGCAAGAGACAAGGCAAGGGUUCUUGGGGAAAUGAAACCUUCAUCAAUUUAUGUAUCGCUUCUGCCAGACCUGAAAGGUGUGAACAAGAAAAUGUCUGCAAGCGAUCAGAAUAGCUCGAUAUCACUUGAUGACACGCCUGAAAACAUACGAAAGAAAAUCACGACAUAUGCAUACUCAGGAGGAAGAAAAACAAUGAAGGAGCACAAGGAAAUGGGAGGAGACAUCAGUGUAGAUGUUCCUUUUGAGUAUCUGAGAUACUUCUUACAAGAAGAUGAUGAACUUGAGGCGUACCGCUCUGGAUAUCUUUCUGGUAAUAUUUCCAGCAGGGACAUGAAAGAAAAGUGUAUCAGUGUGAUCCAGAAGUUUGUUGCUGAAUAUCAAUCCUCCAGACAGGCUGUAGACGACAAAGAAAUGCAAAGAUUCAUGGAUAUUAAUAAAUUUGAGUGA